AUGGAAGUUACUCAACGUCUUCUAGGGCGCCGUGCGCGCGUCGGCUACACUCGCCAUUGCUCCCGCUCACUUCGACUUAGCGUGCACGCCGCUGGUAGCACCUAUGGAAACAACUUUCGUGUGACAACCUUUGGCGAGUCUCAUGGAAAGGGGGUUGGCGGUGUUAUCGAUGGUGUGCCGCCACGUCUCCCAAUUACCGAAGAUGAAAUUCAGCUGGAGCUUGAUCGCCGAAAGCCUGGUCAAAGCAUUAUCACAACGCCACGCAAGGAGGAUGACAUUGCGGAGAUCCUUUCGGGCGUGGUAGACGGUAUCACGCUCGGGACCCCAAUUGCGAUUGUGGCCCGCAACAAGGACCAGAAGUCGCAAGACUACUCAGAGAUGGCAGUGGCUUACAGGCCAAGCCAUGCUGAUGCCACCUAUGACUUCAAGUAUGGCAUCCGCGCGGUAGCUGGUGGCGGCCGCAGCUCAGCACGAGAAACGAUUGGCCGGGUUGCCGCAGGCGCCGUGGCUAAGAAGCUUCUUAAGGUUAUCGGUGAUACCGAGAUCCUCGCCUUCGUGUCCAAAGUCCGGGACAUCGAGUCACACGUGGACCUCGCCUCCUUUACCUUGGAGGACGUGGAGUCCAACAUUGUGAGGUGCCCGGACCAGCAGGCGGCCACGAAGAUGAUCGAUGCCAUCAACGAGGUCCGCACCCGGGGUGAGAGCUGCGGAGGGGAGGUGACGUGUGUGGUCCGCCGCUGCCCUAAGGGCCUGGGGUCACCCGUGUUCGAUAAGCUGGAGGCGGAGCUAGCCAAGGCCAUGCUCAGUCUGCCGGCCACAAAGGGUUUUGAGAUUGGCAGUGGCUUCCGGGGAGCCGCCAUGUUGGGGUCGGAGCACAAUGACGAGUUCUACAUGGACGAGCAUGGCAGGGUUCGCACCCGCACUAACCGGAGUGGGGGGGUCCAGGGCGGUCUGAGCAACGGCGAGGACAUUGUCAUCCGAGUGGCCUUCAAGCCCACCUCCACCAUCGGGAUCAAGCAGCGGACCGUCACCAGGGACGGACAGGAGACGGAGCUGCGGGCGCGGGGGCGACACGACCCGUGCGUCGUACCGCGCGCUGUGCCUAUGGUUGAGAGCAUGGUGGCGCUGGUGCUGGCUGACCAGCUGUUGCAGCACUUUGCCCAGUGCGAGCUGCUGCCAAGGGAGGGGGCCGUGGGGGCGGACCCAACUGUCGUAAAGCAGUUUGCGCGCGCGUAAGGGAGCGGGCACGAGAGGGGGCGAGCUGGGGGCUGAGGGAGUGAGCUGGGAGGGGUGAAAAGAGGGGAUACGGCUGGAUUGGGAAAGAAGACGGACGGUGGUGCGGAUGUUGAUGGGGUUAAGCAUGAACGAGGGAUUGUUGUGAGCCCCACAGCAAUACCACCGCCUGUUCCUUUGCGUCAGUGUUGAUGCGGAUAUGGAUGUGCAGCGCUUUGAGGAGGGGUAGUAAGGAACUGCGCGACUGUGUGUAUGUCGAGAACAAAGCGCGUCGGCAAAAAAAAACUUGGCGAAGCGGAAAGGCUUGAGGGUGGUGUCCUGAGGCAGUGGGGGCGUGUAAUGAUCACUGGUGCAGACGGGCAAAACCCAUCGUGGGGGCGGCAGGGCAGCGCACGGAGAUGUGUGGCUGGAGCUGUGGUGGGAGAGGCGCUGCUGGUGACACGGGGGCGAGAUGUGACCAUGCGCAAGUACGGCUACGUGGACCACAGUGAACUGUUCCGAGUGUGCGGACCUACAGACGGACGAACUGCCGAAGAUGUGGACCUGUAGGGGUUCAUCCCGCCGCAAGGUGGAAGCCCCAGAGCUAUGUUCCCUCAACAGGGAUGGGGUGCGACCUUCCACCUAAGGGGGGCCCCUCCGGCCACGGCGGUGGCGAUGGCAAGAGAUGGCGGGCCUGUAGGGCGGGGCGGGGUGUGUUUGGGAGGAAAGAGAAGGGGCUGUGGCGGGUUAUUAAUCUAGUGCGGAUUGAGAAGGGGAAUCUUUGGGAGGCUGCAGCCCGGCUGUGACGCACCAGAUCAGUGAAGCC